AUGACUAAAAAAUCUAAGAGCAAGCGCCCAGAGGCACAGAACGGACCGGCAAUAAACCCUCCAAAAAUGAUGUCCGUACUAUCUAACAGAACACAGAGACUUUACACCCUCGAAGAAGCACUCAAAGUCUUAUCUCUCAAUACCAAACCCGAUAUCAAAACAGAAACAUCAGUCAACACCAAACCGGAUGUAAAGUUAGAGUCGCUAGACAGCACCCCGAUCUUCACGCCAUCCAUCUCAACCAAAAGUGCUGUGAAGCCCGAAAGCGACGUCACCUCUGAAUUCAACGACUACUUCGGCGACGUGAGCAAGCUCGAGAACUGGCAAAACCUCUGCUACGAUCUCGAUGUUGAGGAUAUCGAUCUAGGAAGUCUGAAAAAAUGUCGAAAGGCUCUCGGAAAACUCAACGUUAACAUCGUCGACGUCGUCGAAGCCCAACGCAACCGUAAGGACAGCAGUAUCUGCGGUGGAGCCAAACUCGAAAGUGAGGCAGGGAAACGUGAUGGAUGGUCUGACGUUGCGUCGAAUGCGUCGUGGGAAGAUCUGGAGAGUGUCUCUACCAUCCGACCCGUGCUGAAGGUAAGGAAAUUCGCCACGCGCGCACAGCUUAUUCGGUAUACGAGGAAGGAGAAGAAGUAUUUUCCGAGGUGCGAGGCGAAGGAGAAGGGGCCGGUGAGGUGUUUGUCGAAGAGGAUGAAGUAG